CCCAUAUUGCAGGAGAUGGAGCAUAUGUCUCCCAGGCUGAGAGCCUUUCUCUCGGAGCCCAUUGGAGAAAAGGAUGUUGCCUGGGUGGAUGGCAUCAGCCGCGAGCUGGCCAUCAAUUUGGUCACCAAAGGUUUUAACAAGGCCUACAUCCUGCUGGGCCAGUUCCUUCUGAUGCACAAGAACGAAGCUGAGUUUCAGAAGUGGCUUAUCUGCUGCUGUGGUGCCACCGAGUGUGAGGCCCGGGAGAGCUCCAAGUGCCUGAAGGAAUGGUGCACCUGCUUCCUGUAGAAAACCCUCUUUGGCC